AUGCCUACCCUCGUCGUUCUUGGUGCUGGCCUUGCCGGCCUGCCCAUUGCACACCAUGCCUUGAAGCAUACAGUGCCGCUGGUCAAGGACCUGAAGGUCAUAUUGGUGACGCCUAACUCUGAGCACUACUGGAACCUCGCUUCCGUCCGCGGCGUUGUGCCUGGCCAAUUUGGCGACGACGUGCUCUUCCAUCCCAUUGAGCCGUCAUUUGCAAAGUACCCCAAGGAAAGCUACGAGGUCAUUAUCGGUAAGGCCGAGCAGCUCAACGACGACAAGAACACCGUCGACGUAGUGGUCAACGACGGCAGCCGCAGGUCCAUCGCCUACGACGCCGUCGUCAUCGCGACCGGCACCCGCGCGAAGGAGAGCAUGCCGUGGAAGGAGGUCGGCACGACGGAGGAGACCAAGAAGGCGCUCGGCGACAUCCGCCGGCAGCUCUCCGACGCAAAGAGCAUCGUCGUCGCCGGCGGCGGCGUUACGGGCACCGAGACGGUGGGCGAGAUCGGCUUCGAGUACUCGCAGAAGCGCAGCAAGGAAGUCUACUUUAUCUACAACGACGAGCUGCCCCUCGGCCCUCCCUUCACCGACAGCGUGCGCAAGGCGGCGCUCAAUGAGCUGCAGAAGCUCAAUAUCAAGACGAUCCACAACACCAAGGUCACGAGCGUGAAGACCGAGGCCAACGGCCAAAAGACGCUCGAGCUCACGGACAAGAGCGGCAAGAAGACAACGCUCCAAACGGACGCGUACCUGCCGACCGUCGGCGCCAUCCCCAACACCGCUUUCUUGCCGUCCAACAUGCUCGACCCGCCCGGGUACGUCAAGCAGGACAAGAGCCUACGCGCGGUCGGCCACGACAACAUCUUUGUGGUGGGCGACGUCGGCAACCUCGAGGGCGGGUACGGGCGGCUGGCGGACCUGCAGGUGCAGCACGUGGUGAAGAGUAUCCAGGCUCACUUCACGGGCGCGCCCAGGCCGGCGCCGUACGUCGUCGACCCCAAGGUCGUGGCCGGCAUCACGCUUGGACGGAGCAGGGCUACCGGCCAGAUGGGAACGUGGAGGUUGCCCAGCAUCAUCAUCUGGGCGUUCAAGGGCCGGUAUAUCGGCACUGACUACGCCAAGGAUUACGCAGCGGGAUCAAGAACCAUGACGGUCACCAAGAACUGGUAG